GGACAUGGCGUCGCUGGGGCUCCGGGUCCUGGCGCUGGCCUUGUGGCUAAGCCCAGGAGCUCGGGGGGAUUCGACGAAGCCGGCCCGGGCGCCUCUGAUUCCUCACCGACCCUUUGUGGUGGUCUGGAACGCUCCCACAGAGCCGUGCCGCCUGCGCUUCCAGGUGGACUUGGACCUGAGUGUUUUCGACAUCGUGGCCAAUCUGAAUGAAACUCUGAGCGGGCCGAACGUGACCAUCUUCUACCACAGCCACCUGGGCUAUUAUCCGUACUACUCCAACUGCGGCACGCCCAUCAAUGGCGGGCUUCCACAGAACCAAAGCAUCUCCAAACAUCUCAGCAAAGCCCGCAACGACAUCGACAAACUGAUCCCGCACAAGGACUUCCGAGGGCUGGGCGUCAUUGACUGGGAGAACUGGAGGCCUCAGUGGGUCCGAAACUGGGGCACCAAGGACAUCUACCGAAACAAGUCCAAGGAACAGAUCCGGAAGCUUCACCCCAACUGGCCGGAGAGCAAAGUGGAGAAGGAGGCCAAGGAAAACUUCGAGAGGGCCGGGCAGGCCUUCAUGAACCUGACCUUGGCCUUGGCUGAGGGUCGCAGGCCGGCCGGUUUGUGGGGCUUUUAUUUGUUCCCGGACUGCUACAACUACGGAUACAAGCAGCACCCGCAGCGCUACAGCGGCGAAUGUCCCAACGUGGAGCAUGUUCGCAACGACCACCUGAUGUGGCUGUGGAAGGAGAGCACGGCGCUCUACCCCUCCAUCUACCUGGACUACGAACUCAAGUCCUCCGCCAACACCGUCAAAUUUGUCCACUACAGAGUCAAAGAGGCCAUGAGGAUCGCCUCCAUUGCCCGUCCUGACGUCACAUUGCCAGUUUUUGUCUACUCCAGACCUUUCUACGCCUACACCUUUGUGGUUCUGUCUGAGAGCGACCUGGUGCACACCAUCGGUGAGAGCGCCGCCCUCGGAGCUUCCGGCGUUGUCCUUUGGGGGUCGUCAGAGUACGCCCGAACGCAGGUACCACCUUCAGAGGAACUGUUUGACAGUGAAGAAGUACAUCGACGGUGCGCUCGGCCAUUACGUGGUCAACGUCACAUCGGCCGCCAAGCUGUGCAGCAAAGCUUUGUGCAAGAAAAAUGGCCGCUGCAUCCGCAAGAGCCUCGACUCGGCCGCUUACCUCCACCUGAACCCGCGCUUCUUCAACAUCCGCCGCCGGCCCACGACCGCCGGCCCCCCCCGCUUCCACGUCACGGGUCACCUGAACAAUCGGGACAUCCUGGACAUGAAGCACAAGUUCACCUGCCAGUGCUACCAGGGCUGGAUCGGCGUCCACUGCGAGGUGCCGCAGAUAGCUGCGCCCACACGCCCCGACGUCCGUCUGCCUCAUGGCCCGUGGGGCGGCCCGCUGCUGUUCCUCACGCUUCAUUUCUCCUGCCUGUGCAUCAUCAUGCUGCUGGGACUCAUCAAGUGUCUCUUAGUGUCGACCACCACAACAACAUGAAAAAAUAUCCACUUCGUCUUAGCACAUCUUUUCAUCUUAUGGAAACAAAGGAAACAUUCUCAAAGAAAAAAUAUGCCAACGGUAAGUCACAACUAGGACAUAAAACUCCAAAGUAAGACAUAAAACGUCCUAAUUAGGAGAUGAAACUCCUAGUUAUGACGUAACAAAAUCGUGCGAUAAAAAGUCAUAAAUAUGAGCUAAAAACCCUAAUAAUAACAUAAAAAGUUGAAAUUCCAAGAUAAAAAGUCCAAAUUACGAGAAAAACUCAUAAUAACAAUAUUAAAAGUCAUUAUAUAUAAAAACUCAAAAUUACACAACAAAAAGUCAGAGCUAAGAGAUAAAGACUCAAAAUUACGAGAUAAAAAGUCAGAAUUCUGAGAUAAAAAAUCAUAAUUAGGGGAAAGUCAAAGUUUUUUGUUGAAAUAUGUCAUAAUUAUGACAUAAAGACUCAAGUUGUAAUUAGGUGAUGAAAUGUCAUAAUUACGAGAUGCCAAGUCGAAAUUACGAGAUAAAAAGUCGUAAUUAGGAGAUUAAAAGUCAGGUUGAAAUUACGAAAUAAAAAGUCGUAAUUAGGAGAUUAAAAGUAUUAGGGGAUAAAAAGUCAUUGUGACGGAUAAAGUUUGUGUAAAAUAUGUGUAAAAAAAAAAUGUGUAAAAAUUAUUUUCGAAAAUGGACAUUUCGCUUACUUCGGUGUUGGAAAAAAAAGCAAAGGGAGAAUGCGGCUGAAGAGCCGCGGGUUGCAGACCCCUGUUGUAGAGUGUUUCUAUUCAUACGAGAAUCGAGCUUUUUUUUCUUGCCUGUGUUGGUGACUGCUUUGUUUUCCCACAUUUUAGUCUACGUGCUUUCAUGCCUUGCUUAACAACAUUCAUGAAGGAAGAGAAUAACAAAAAUGAUUGGAAAUGGUCAUAAUCUUUCAGCAUUUCCACUCUUAUUGCUCAAUAUUGCAGACAAUAUGAGAAAAUAGGGGGGCCGCACGGUGGUCUAGUGGUUAGCACGUUGGCCAACACAGGAACAGCCUGGAGAUCGGGAAGACCUGGGUUGGAUUCUCCCUUGGGUAUUUCUGUGUGGAGUUUGCAUGUUCUCCCCGUGUGUGUGUGUGGGUUUUCUCCGGGUACUCCGGUUUCCUCCCACAUUCCCAAAACAUGCAGGUGAGGUUAAUUGACGACUCUAAAUUGUCCAUAGGUAUGAAUGUGAGUGUGAAUGGUUGUUUGUCUAUAUGUGCCCUGCCAUUGGCUGGCCACCAGUCCAGGGUAUACCCCGCCUGUCACCCGAAGUCAGCUGGGGUAGGCUCCAGCAUGCCCCCACAACCCUAAUGAGGAUGAAGCGGUAUAGAAAAUGGAUGGAUGGAUGGAUGAGAAAAUAGACAUAAAAACCCUGUUUUGACCUUCUAAAUACAACUUUUAACUUAUUAGAGAUCUCUAGACCUGAAAUAGCACCCCUAUAGUCACCUUUAUACUCUUAUUAUCCAAUAUAGUAGACAUAAUAAAAGAAAAUCAAACAAAUAAGACAUAAAACCGUUUACGAUCUUCUGAAUAUGCCUUUCAACAUUAAUAGAGCCCUCUAGACAGGAAAUAACACCCCUACAGUUACCUUUACACUCCUAUUACUCGUUAUAGUUGACAUAGGAGAAAAUAAAACAAAAAGACCUUGAAAGAAACUGCUUACAACCUUCUAAAUCUACUUUUUAACAUGAUUAGAGCCCUCUAGACAUGAAAUAAGUGACGUCGGGGAUUCAGAGUUGCUUUAGCUCGUAGUGGAUUACAGCCGCAAGAGCAGUCGGUGGUAUUAUAUUAUGAUUGUUAUUCUUAUGAUUAUGAUUAUUGUGACAUCAUUCAAAACUGCAAUAAAAGCCUGCUGUUCCGCCAAUCAAGUCUGGUGCUUGUGUGUCUUACCCAACGUUACAGUAGGAUUACUGACACCUAGCGACCAGCGUACAACACUACAUGUCAUCGCAACCUCGUUCAGUGAGUCGUCCGAAUGCUUUACAUUUGUUUUUACUUCAUUUUUAUGUUGGAAAAUGCUCCAUUUAGGCCAAAAAGUACGUACGAUGUGCUGACACGUGCAUAUUUUCUGAGAAGUAACAGGCCGCAGCGUGAUUUAUUCAUUUAUUGUGAAAAACCCAUGAUGGAGUGAAACCGCACACAAAAAAAAACCA